UAGGAUUUCUAUUUCAGAGUUGUCUCCCUUUGAGUCAUUUUAUUGCUCUGUUGAUUUAGUAGAAUGUAUUUACCAUAAGGGUCUUGGCUUCAUUACCAUUGUCAGGUGUGGGUUCCAUCUCAUGACAUUGUAUUUAAAUUCAAAUAGUUGUUGGUCAUUCCCAUAACACUUAUGCCAUUAUUGCACCAAUAUGUCUUGAAGAUAAGUCACUGUUGCAGGUCACAGAGUUCAUCAUUAUAUAAGACUGAUGAUGUCUUUCCUUCUCCUGUAGUGUGUACAGUACCUUCUAGCACUAUUAAUGACAACCAAUAAAGAUAAAGCAUCUGGGCCUUCUCUUUUUCCCUGGCCAGAAUGAUGAUCUGGCUGAACCAACACCGACCUUGCUAUGCCUGCAAUUAUCAAUUUUCAGAAUCUAUUGACUGUAAUCUUACUCCUUAUAUUUAUGUGUGCUUAUAUCCGAUCUCUGGCACACAGCAUCCUGGACAGGAAUGAAACUGAACUAUUGAUAAUACUUUGGAAGUGUGUCCAAAUUGGUGAAUGCAAGAGUCCUUAUGUGGCAAUAUGGUUCAUAGUGAUCGCCUUCAGCAUCCUCUUCAUACAGUAUCUUUGGAAACUAUCAGAGUGUGAAUGCCAUCAGAUUGUAAACAAGGACUUGCCUCCAGAAAAUAAUGGCAAAAAACGAAAAUGGUUAAGCAUUGAACCUGAACUUGGAAUGAGAUAA